UCCGACUGCAUCUUCAAGAACCGGACUGGCAAAGUGCAGCUCUCACAAUCCCAAUGAAUAUGAUCGCGACGGUGCUCAUCGUCAUCCUGUUGCAGACCACGGCAGUGGCAUCAGACGCUGUAACGGUGCACCAAACGCCGCCGUACCUCAUGAAGAAAGUCGAGGACGACACCAAUGAACUGAGCUGCUCGCACAGCAUCACGGAUUACGACGUUAUCCUUUGGUACAAACAAGAUCGAGGUGGUGCUAUGGAGCUUUUGGGCUACCUCAAUCAAAAGUUCCCUGUGGUCGAGGACCACUGGAAUGGGAAGUUUGCAUUUAGCGGAGAUGCCCGCCAACAGUCCAACCUGAUCAUCAACGACUUGCGCAUCAAUGACAGCGCGGUGUACUUCUGCGCGGCAAGCACGGUGCUGCAUCUUGGCCCUCCAGCCGUCACAAAACAGGCAACCCUCGCUUAUCUGGGUUUUAAUAUCAAAACCGACACCUGCGGCAUCGGGCUCCGCCGCAGGCAUUGUCAAGUCUCACGUUGGUUUCACAAAGGCAAAACGGUAUCUCAACGUAGGAUACAAAAGCACAACCAAGGCAAUCGAAACAAACUGACAGGUGACGGGAAACGGAAUCAUCUUCAUCGGCCAAAAAUCCGACAGCAUCUUCAAGAACCGGACCGGCAAAGUGGAGCUCUCACAAUCCCAACGAUUAUGAUCGUGAUGGUGCUCGUCCUCAUCCUGCUGCAGACCACGGCAGCAGCAUCGGAUGCUCUAAAGGUGCACCAAACGCCGCCGUACCUCAUGAAGCAAGUCGAGGACGACACCAAUGAACUGAGCUGCUCGCACAGCAUCACGGGUUACGACAUUAUCCUUUGGUACAAACAAGAUCGAGGUGGCGCGAUGGAGCUUUUGGGCUACCUCAAUGAAAAGUUCCCUGUGGUCGAGGACCACUGGAAAGGGAAGUUUUCCUUUAGCGGAGACAGCAACCAACAGUCCAACCUGAUCAUCACCGACUUGCGCAUCAAUGACAGCGCGGUGUACUUCUGCGCGGCAAGCACGGUGCUGCAUCUUGGCCCUCCAGCCGUCACAAAACAGGCAACCCUCGCUUAUCUGGGUUUUAAUAUCAAAACCGACACCUGCGGCAUCGGGCUCCGCCGCAGGCAUUGUCAAGUCUCACGUUGGUUUCACAAAGGCAAAACGGUAUCUCAACGUAGGAUACAAAAGCACAACCAAGGCAAUCGAAACAAACUGACAGGUGACGGGAAACGGAAUCAUCUUCAUCGGCCAAAAAUCCGACUGCAUCUUGAAGAACCGUACCGGCAAAGUGGAGCGCUCACAAUCCCAACGAACAUGAUCGCGACGGUGCUCAUCCUCAUCCUGCUACAGACCACGGCAGCGGCAUCGGACGCUCUAAAGGUGCACCAAACGCCGCUGUACCUCAUGAAGAAAGUCAGGGAAGACACCAAUGAACUGAGCUGCUCGCAUAGCAUCACGGAUUACAACAUGAUCCUUUGGUACAAACAAGAUCGAGGUGGUGCUAUGGAGCUUUUGGGCUACCUUAAUCAAAAGUUCCCUGCGGUUGAGGAACACUUGAAAGGGAAGUUUUCCUUUAGCGGAGAUGCCCGCCAACGGUCCAACCUGAUCAUCAACGACUUGCGCAUCAAUGACAGCGCGGUGUACUUCUGCGCGGCAAGCACGGUGCUGCAUCUUGGCCCUCCAGCCGUCACAAAACAGGCAACCCUCGCUUAUCUGGGUUUUAAUAUCAAAACCGACACCUGGGGCAUCGGGCUCCGCCGCAGGCAUUGUCAAGACUCACGUUGGUUUCACAAAGGCAAAACGGCAUCCAAACGUAGGAUACAAAAGCACAACCAAGGCAAUCGAAACAAACUGACAGGUGACGGGAAACGGAAUCAUCUUCAUCGGCCAAAAAUCCGACUGCAUCUUGAAGAACCGUACCGGCAAAGUGGAGCGCUCACAAUCCCAACGAACAUGAUCGCGACGGUGCUCAUCCUCAUCCUGCUACAGACCACGGCAGCGGCAUCGGACGCUCUAAAGGUGCACCAAACGCCGCUGUACCUCAUGAAGAAAGUCAGGGAAGACACCAAUGAACUGAGCUGCUCGCAUAGCAUCACGGAUUACAACAUGAUCCUUUGGUACAAACAAGAUCGAGGUGGCGCUAUGGAGCUUUUGGGCUACCUCAAUCAAAAGUUCCCUGCGGUUGAGGACCACUGGAAAGGGAAGUUUUCCUUUAGCGGAGAUGCCCGCCAACAGUCCAACCUGAUCAUCAACGACUUGCGCAUCAAUGACAGCGCGGUGUACUUCUGCGCGGCAAGCACGGUGCUGCAUCUUGGCCCUCCAGCCGUCACAAAACAGGCAACCCUCGCUUAUCUGGGUUUUAAUAUCAAAACCGACACCUGCGGCAUCGGGCUCCGCCGCAGGCAUUGUCAAGUCUCACGUUGGUUUCACAAAGGCAAAACAGCAUCCAAACGUAGGAUACAAAAGCACAACCAAGGCAAUCGAAAAAAACUGACAGGUGACGGGAAACGGAAUCAUCUUCAUCAGCCAAGUAUGUUGUUGAACCGCAAAGUAUUUGUUUCCAGUAUAUUUCGAUUGACGGGCGUACGCUUUGAUCUGCCGGGGCCCAAAAUAGUCCACGUGGCAUCCCGGGUGGACUUCAAGUGCAGCCAUGACGACCAAAGUCAGGACAUCAUGCUGUGGUACCGCCAAAGCAAAGGUCGCCGGCCCAUCGAGCUGGUAGGGGGCAGCCAGUGGGCCGCAGCGGACUUCAAGUGCAGCCAUGACGACCAAAGUCAGGACAUCAUGCUGUGGUACCGCCAAAGCAAAGGUCGCCGGCCCAUCGAGCUGGUAGGGGGCAGCCAGUGUGCAAUUAUUGCGAUUGUCCGCGUUCAGGAGCUAAAUCUGGGAAUAAGAGCGUGUCACAAAAAGUCCAGUCGUGGAAAAUUAAUGAAUGGGCAUCAUUCAAAGUCCACGUUUAGCCUUGAGAGGAGUUUUAGUAGCAGGGUAAUAUCAACGUGCCGAAGCACCGUAGCUCUCUUCGGACCAGGAACGAAAUUGACCGUCUUAGAACCGGAUCGCGACAUCACACUGCCCACGGUCACCUUGCUCCCGCCUUCGCCGAAGGAGUGUCGCAGCAAGGACAACGAGGGGCUUCAGAAGACGCUCGUGUGCGUCGCCAAGGGCUUCUUCCCGGACCACGUGGAGAUGUCCUGGCAAGUCGACGGGGAAACCGUCAAAACGGGCGUGGCCACGGACUCCCCCGCCCUGCCAGACGGCGCCUUCUACAAGAUGACCAGUAGGUUGCAGGUGGCGGCAGACGUGUGGUUUACACCUGGCAGAACCUUUACCUGCGUAGUCAGCUUAUUUGACGGAACAGACGUCACCCGGCGUUCGAAAACACUGUACGGCAUUGAAGGUGAAAAGAGGUCGAGAGCGGGAUAUUUGAAGCUGGCGCAGAGUGCCAAGCUGUCGUACGCCGUCCUCUUGGUCAAGGGCAGCGUCUACGCAGCUUUCGUCGGCUUCUUGCUGUGGAGACGUCAGAGUCGAUCUGCAAAACGGAACCAUUCAUAGUUGACUUGCCAUAAAGGAGCUAAGUGCG